AUGGUACAUGAAACAGUUGCUUAUGAGGAGAGUGUCGACAGGCAUAUGGCGACUCUAAGGGAACUGGAACAGCUGGCCCGUAAUUGCUACGCGGAAACCAUCGACCACCUCUCCCAAGAAAAGUUCCUAGUGACGAUGCUCAUUGAUGGUUGUUUCGUCUUCGAGUUCUUCCGUAAGUACAAUAUGGAGGAACCAGGAGACAAAGACGAUCCGCUUAUGGAGUCAGAUUGGAUUCAAUUCUGCCUCCAGCGCGAAUUACUGCUGCUAGAGAACCAGCUCCUGUUUUUCGUCUUGAACGAGUUAUAUGAGCUGACUAAGGGUCUCAUCGAUAUCGCCACCACGUAUUUCAAAUCCGAACUAGGAGACUCGAGCCGAAAUCAGAUUCUUGGCGAGAGUAAACAUCUUCUGCAUCUAAUGCACACGUGUUGGACUGCCAGCUUGCAUAAUGGACGUCGGCAAAACCACAGAACCAAGCUGAACAUGUUUGUGUCCACGGCGACAGAGCUGAGGGAGUCUGGAGUCAAGUUAAGGGUGAGGCAAGCGUGCGACCUGAUGGAUCUCAAAUUCGAGGACGAGAUACUCGAGAUACUGAUCGUGAUUGUAGAGGACACCACCGAGUCACUAAUUCGAAACCUAAUCGCGUACGAGCAGCAUCUUCAAGGCGGAGAAAUCAACUAUGUAACGGAGUAUAUGUCAUUCAUGGAUUGCCUCAGCAACUCUUCAAAAACUCUUCAAAGGACAUCAAGCUGCUCCGCCAAAGUGGGAUUAUUAAGAACCUCUUGGGCGAUGAUGAGGUAG